CACUAUAGUUAAUUCACAGGCAGAGGCGGUUACUACCGCUAGUACACUCUCAAAAUGGGCUCUGUUGUUAUUUUUGCCAUGGUUGCUUUGAUGAUUAUGUUCCUAGUCUCAAUGCUUCUGCAACUUUUCUGGGUUGUUUUCCAGUGGCCAUAUUGGUUGACUGAAAGAUUGAAGAAGCAAGGAAUCAUUAGCCCGCCUUACAAGCUUCUCAUUGGUUUUCUUAAUGAUAUGAGGAGGAUGAAGAAGACUACAAGAGAAAUGAUUCUUGACUCAAAUUCAAAGGAUGUAGUUCAAAAGGUCCUUCCCCACUACCAUACAUGGUCCUUGGAAUGUGACUCCGAGCUGGCCAAACAAAUAUUAUCAAAGUAUGGGUUCUACGUAAAACCUCGAUUGGUCCCACCAGCAGUUAUGACACUAGUAGGGAAAGGAUUGAUAUUUGUUGAAGGAUCAGACUGGGUUUGGCACAAAAGAAUCAUCAACCCUGCCUUCUCCCUCGAAAAGCUCAAGGUUAAGGUAAAAAGAACGGCAGCUUGUGCCAUCACCAUGCUUGAAGAGUGGGAAGAUCUGCCUACCAUGACUGAGGAUGGAUCCAAAAAGAUAGAAAUGAGCGAAGAAUUCAAAAAACUUUCUGCUGACAUAAUUGCCCAUACUGCCUUUCGAGAAGCCACUCAAGCUAAAGGUGACCUCAAGUUGAACAUGAAUGAAAUCAUGGAAGAAUGCAAAACAUUCUUCAUUUCAGGACAUGAGACCACCAGAGUGAACAUGCUUCUUCUGGAGGUCUUAAGGCUGGACUGCCCAGUAAUAACCACCAUUAGAGAAGCAUCAGAAGACAUGACACUGGGGAAUUUAAUGAUUCCAAAGCAUACAUAUUUAGUCAAGCCGCUUGUCAAAAUUCAGACAAGCAAAGAGUAUUGUGAAGAGGACGCAAAUGAGUUCAAUCCUUUGAAAUUCAUGAAUGGCACAUCUAAUGCAGCAAAAGACCCAAAUGCUCUGCUUGCCUUUUCCACUGGCCCAAGGGCUUGUAUUGGACAGAACUCUGCAAUGUUGGAAGCCAAAAACUGUGGUUGCCUUGAUUCUCCAAACGUUUUCUUUCUCCCUCUUCCCGGAGUACAAACAUGCUGCCGCAGACUACUUUACUUUUACAGCCUCAACAUGGCCUCCCUAUUGUCCCUCAACCUCUGAACAUGUAAUUAAUGAAGACAAUAGCGUCUUAAAACUGAGUCAUGUAUGCUACCAGUCUCUGUCACUUAGAUGUCAACAAUUGCAAUAAAAAUAAAAUUCCUGAGUUAUC